UCGGACAUUUCAAAAGCGUCGGACAACAACUAAAAGGACAUCUAACUUGUGCCAUGCCUCAAUUAACCCUCUAAAAUCUAAAACGGUAGAUUAUUUACUAUUAUUGCCGAGCAUGUGGGUCGCCAGGCGGAUUCUGUCGUCUGUUGCCAGUAGUCGUCAGUAUGCGGGUCAGCCAGGUUUGUUCCGCCAACCUCGGCCAGGCUGUCUCCCUGAAGCGGAGCUGCGCUACCUUCAGUGUACGUGUUGCUGGAGGAGCCGAAUCCCAGUAGCCGGGAUAGAGAGCCUAACCGCCGCUGUCGCUCCGCCGUCUGCGGGGCCGUGCGAGGAAGAGGAGCACGGCGCUCCUUUGGACUCCUACUACACCAUCGAGCAACGCGACACCAUCCUGCAGCUGCUCAACACCGCCUCGGCCACGGAGCUGUCCAGUGUCAAGCUCCUCAGAGGGCGCAAGUGCAACAACAUAGUGGACUACAGGAGCAAGCACGGCCCGUUUAGGACCUUGGAGAGUGUCGUGAACGUACCGCUGCUGAAGCACAAAAGCGCCGUGGUCGUCUUCAACUCCAUCCUCAACCCGGUGAAGAAGGACAAGAAAGUGCGCAUCCAGUUGGCAAAGUUCAUCAGGCCAGAAGUGGACAGGUCCUGGUUGGAGGAUGCCAACUCUAUCGUGUCAUUAGUGUGUGCAACUAAUAGAAUAGCCUGGGCACACGUGGACAGAGCGAUGACGGUGUUGGACUGGCAGCACCUUGACUGUCCCAACUUCCUUAAGGGGACGUACAUGGCAUCUGCCUACCUUCAUGAUGUGUCAACUGUAGUGUCCCUCCUACCUCCAGCUGACUUCUACAUCAUUGAGAAACCAUCCAUCUCAGUCCAGAACACCGCUUUGUUCCCUGUCAUGGCUCACAUGAGGACGGUGGAGGCCAUGUUGUUUGCUCUCUUGGAGCCCAGAAAUCUCCCGUCAGAUUCCAACAUCCCUCCCAGAGUCCUGAAUAUGAUGCGCACUGCUGUGGGACGCCACUUUGGACUGAUGGUGGGUGAGGCGCGGACCAGCGGGGCUCAGACAGUGCGGCGGAUGAUGACCGAGUCGGUGACGCAGAAGUUGCCGCGGAUCAACAUUCCGCCAGGGCUGCUGGUCAAGUACAGGAACUCGUUCCAGAUGAGCAGCAUCAGAAAAGGAGCAGGAGGUGAGGAGCUCUGCGAUGCUCUACUGCAGGCGGUUGCUUUUUACGAGCUGCUCAGUGAAUCCUCUAGUUAGCGUCCGCUCAUCUGGCAACAAAAACGGAAGACCACCUGAGCACUUUGGAACUUUUCUGCCCAACCGAGAAGAUGCACGCCACCAUUUGAACAAUGUUUUUACAUUUGACAGUCUAUUUUGUCCAUUUGGACCAUUGUAGAAAAAACAAUAACCAACAGUACUUGAACUGUUACAAUA